AUGGGCCAAGACGGUGUGCACCACGCAGAGUUCUCAGAGUUUGCAAGUGGCGAUCGCGAAGCUGCGUUGCAACAGUUGGUAGACUCUUAUGUGGCACUAGCCUCCGACCAGGACAACUGGGUUUGCAAUUUGGCCAACGCAGCGUCUUUACUAUGGCAUGCAUAUAGGUCACUACCACUGGACGUCAAUUGGGCCGGAUUUUACGUGGCAGACGGUAAAAAUGCCAACACCCUGAUUCUGGGUCCCUUUCAGGGCAAAGUAGCAUGUCAGAUCAUCAAGUAUGGUCACGGUGUCUGUGGGACCGCUGCGUCUCUGCAAGAGACGCAGCUUGUCCCCGAUGUCAAUGCAUUUCCAGGCCAUAUAGCUUGUGACGGCGAGACCAAAAGCGAGAUCGUGAUCCCGAUUAUCGGCAAGAACAAGAAAGUCGUCGGUGUGAUUGAUAUCGACUGUCUGACGUACGACGGAUUCAGCGGUGUCGAUGUAAAAUAUCUGGAACAACUGGCCUCCAAGAUAGCCGAGACUUGUGAGUUCCCAUAG